GUAGAGUAGGCGGCAGGCCCGCGCGCGGCUCGCAGCUGUCUAGCGAUCGUCAGCCGGGCACUGCGGUCACAGCUGGGCGCGAGCGCUCGGGCGAGUAGCCUCGGUGCCAUGUCGCAGAGUGGGGUCCCCGGGCUGCAGGAGGAGAACCUGCAGGUCUGUGGUUCAGGCAGUGUUAGUUUUGACGAGCAAGAUCCAGGCUCCUGGGUAGAGCUGCACUUCAGCAAUAACGGGAAUGGGAGCAGUGUUCCAGCCUCAGUUUCUAUUUAUAAUGGUGACAUGGAAAAAAUACUGCUGGAUGCCCAGCAUGAAUCUGGACGGAGCAGCUCCAAGAGUUCCCACUGUGACAGCCCCCCUCGCUCACAAACGCCGCAAGAUAUUAACAGAGCUUCUGAAACGGAUACGCAUAGCAUUGGAGAGAAGAACAGCUCUCAGUCCGAGGAGGAUUAUAUUGAGAGAAGGAAAGAAGUUGAAAGCAUCUUGAAGAAAAACUCAGAUUGGAUAUGGGAUUGGUCAAGUCGGCCAGAAAACAUUCCCCCAAAGGAGUUCCUGUUCAAGCACCCAAAGCGCACAGCUACACUCAGCAUGAGAAACACGAGUGUCAUGAAGAAAGGGGGCAUUUUCUCAGCAGAAUUUCUCAAGGUCUUUCUUCCAUCUCUGCUGCUGUCUCAUCUACUAGCCAUUGGAUUGGGGAUCUACAUUGGAAGGCGUCUGACAACCUCCACCAGCACUUUUUGAUGAAGAACUGGAUGCAGCUUGGCUGACUGGGGAUUUGAAUCUGAGCUUGGACAGCUGACUUGAAGAGCUUU